UGAUCGCGAAUCCGCUGGUAGCUGCUUGACGCCUUGACAGUUGAUUUUGGAGCAGGGGGAUCAGUCGGUCUCCUGAAGUCGAUUAACACGCUCUUCUCGAGACCAACCUUGGUCAAGUAGAUCAGCGACUCGUAAUAGUACCCGACCCGGCAUGGGCGAUUCCUUGGACGGUUCCGGGGAACCGUCCCCGGAGUCGCAGAACGUCGCGAUCGUCGAGUUCCCGACGUUCGCCAACUAUCUGCGCAAGGCUGUCACCGUGCUGCUACCAGACGAGGAUGCGGUACCACCCGCGUUUAAUCUGGCGCUCGAGGAGCGCUAUAAUCAGGAAUGCAUACGCAAGUUUCUUGGCGACUCGCAAGUCAGCUCGCUCUAUAUACAGAGAAGCUCGACCAAAGAGGAAGAUAGCGGUGAAGGAGAUGAAGAUAAGGAGAAUGCGACUUAUUAUAUAUCAAAUGAGAUACACUUUUCAAAUCCGAAAAUGGCCUCCUUGGUUUUGACAAAACGUGGGCUUGUCAUUGAGGCUGACAAGUCUAUUCACUCUCAAGUGCGUUUAAUCACAUUCUCUGAUGGACCACCAUACGAGACUUUACAUGCGAUGAGUAAAACUAUGGCACCCUAUUUUAAAAGUUACGUUAAGGAAACGGGUCGCGCUCACAGGGAUGGUGACAAGAUGGUACCAUUGGUAGAAAAGAAGAUUGCGGAACUCGAAAUGGGUUUAUUGCAUUUACAACAGAAUAUUGACAUUCCCGAGAUUUCAUUACCGGUUCAUCCGAUUGUCGCACAAGUCAUCAAGCAAUGCGAGGAGGAAGGUCGCAAGCCGAAAGUUGCCGAUUUUGGUGAUAAGGUGGAAGAUUCGACAUUCCUAAAUCAAUUGCAGAACGGCGUCAACAGAUGGAUAAAGGAGAUUCAGAAGGUAACGAAAUUGAAUCGUGAUCCGGAAUCGGGUACGGCGCUUCAAGAGAUAUCAUUCUGGCUGAAUCUUGAAAGAGCGUUGCAUCGUAUCCAGGAAAAACGAGAGAGCAUCGAAAUCUCUCUGACGCUCGAUAUACUCAAACAUGGCAAAAGAUUCCACGCCACGGUGAGUUUCGAUACCGACACUGGUUUGAAACAGGCAUUGGCCACCGUGAAUGACUACAAUCCAUUGAUGAAAGACUUCCCGAUCAACGAUCUGUUAUCGGCUACCGAACUGGAAAGGAUACGCAGUAGCGUACAGCAGAUUUUCAUGCACUUGCGAAAGAUUCGGAGCACCAAGUAUCCAAUUCAGAGAGUGCUGAGAUUGGUGGAAGCUAUCUCGAGGGAUUUAGGGCAGCAGCUGCUCAAAGUAUUAGGUACACGACGACUGAUGCAUAUUCCAUUCGACGAUUUCGAGAAGGUGAUGGCUCAAUGCUUCGAGGUGUUCACCACUUGGGACGACGAGUAUGACAAACUCACGGGUCUGUUGAGAGACGUCGUGAAGAAGAAACGCGACGAGCACAUGAAAAUGGUAUGGAGGGUGUUGCCAGCACACAAAAAGCUGCAAUCAAGGAUGGAGCACAUGCGUCGCUUCCGACGGCAACAUGAACAGCUAAGAACGGUAAUAGUUCGUGUUCUUCGGCCUACAGUUCGUCAAAACAGUAACAGCUCUACGAUAGAGAAUACUGAUAACGACAACGUGAAAGUGGAAUUUGCCUUGGACGCCGCGGACGCCAAUGCCAUCAGCGAGGUCAACUUGGCGUAUGAGAACGUAAAAGAGGUAGAUUGUUUGGAUAUUACCAAGGAAGGACAGGAAUCUUGGGACGCUGCAGUGCACAGAUAUGAGGAGCGUAUAGAGCGCGUGGAGGCAAGGAUUACGGCGCAUCUCAGAGAUCAAUUGGGCACUGCUAAGAAUGCAAACGAGAUGUUCAGAAUAUUUUCCAGAUUUAAUGCACUCUUUGUACGGCCACAUAUUCGGGGUGCUAUUAGGGAAUAUCAGACACAACUGAUACAGAGAGUCAAAGACGAUAUCGAAGCGUUGCACGAAAAGUUCAAGGUUCAAUAUGCGCAAAGUAAAUGCUGCAGGAUGAGCACAGUGAGGGACUUGCCACCUGUUGCUGGAUCAAUAAUAUGGGUCAAGCAAAUUGAUUAUCAAUUGACAAUGUAUUUGAAACGUGUCGAGGACGUUUUGGGCAAAGGCUGGGAGAGUCAUAUCGAGGGUCAGAAAUUAAAAGCCGAUGGAGAUAGCUUUCGUAUGAAACUGUCGACGCAAGAGAUCUUUGAUGAAUGGGCUCGUAAGGUGCAGGCACGAAAUCUCGGUGUAACUGGACGUAUCUUCACGAUCGAAAGUGUACGUUCGAGAACGGGUCGCGGGAAUGUGUUGAAACUGAAAGUUAAUUUCCUCCCCGAGAUUAUCACGCUGUCCAAAGAAGUGAGAAACUUGAGAAAUCUCGGAUUCCGCGUUCCUCUGCCUAUCGUGAAUAAGGCUCAUCAGGCUAACCAGUUGUAUCCCUUUGCCAUCAGUCUCAUCGAGAGCAUCAGAACUUAUGAGAGAACACUGGAGAAGAUUGAAGACAAAGCGAGUAUUAUACCCUUGGUUGCUGGCAUGCGUAAAGAUGUUCUACAAUUGAUUUCUGAGGGUAUUGCUUUAGUUUGGGAAAGCUACAAACUUGAUCAAUACGUACAACGUUUGUCCGAUGCUGUCGUUUCCUUCCAAGAAAGGGUGGAAGAUCUUCUGGUUGUGGAGGAACAGUUAGAUGUUGAUGUACGUUCUCUCGAAACAUGUCCUUAUUCUGCGAACACGUUUGCCGACAUAUUAUCCAAGAUCCAGAAAUCAGUGGACGAGCUGUCUUUAAAGAACUACUCCAACUUACACAUCUGGGUAGCGAGACUCGACGAAGAAGUGGAAAAGAAUCUGGCCGCCAGAUUGGAGGCUGGAAUAAAAGCGUGGACCGAUGCUCUGACCGGUCACAAGAAAGAAGUGGAUCUGAGUAUGGACACGGACGCUCCUACGCAACCGACGCACAAACCCGGCGGCGAUCCUAAGAUUCAAAAUCAGAUUCAUGAAGUCCGAAUUACAAAUCAAACUAUGUAUUUGUAUCCCAGCAUCGAAGAUGCAAGAUUCCAGAUAAUGCAACAAUUAUUCGCAUGGCAAGCAAUUGUUACGUCGCAAGUUCGUCUGCAGAGCUCGAGAUAUCAAGUCGGUUUGGAUAAACCUGAAUCGGGCACGUACAGAAAUUUGCUUACCAAAUUACCCUCUGGGAAGCAACCGCUGGAGGCAGCAUAUGAGGCAGUCGAAUCCAAGAUGAAGGAUGUUGCCGAUUAUGUCGAUCAAUGGCUACGUUAUCAAGCACUCUGGGAUUUGCAACCGGGUAAUCUUUACGGUAAAUUAGGUGAAAAUAUUAAUUUGUGGAUGAAGUGUUUGAAUGACAUAAAGAAAACGAGAACCACCUUCGAUACUUCUGAUACGAGACGCGAAUUCGGACCUGUGAUCAUAGACUUUGCGAAAGUGCAGAGUAAAGUGUCUCUAAAGUAUGAUUCGUGGCAUAAAGAAACAUUGGGUAAAUUCGGGACGCUUCUGGGUAACGAGAUGGCAAGUUUUCAUUCUCAGGUAUCGAAAUCUAGGAGCGAUCUAGAACAACAGUCAAUUGAAGCAGCUAGCACAUCCGAUGCAGUUGGUUUUAUAACGUACGUGCAAUCCCUAAAACGUAAAAUGAAGGCGUGGGAAAAACAAGUAGAUAUAUAUCGCGAAGGUCAAAGGAUACUCGAACGUCAAAGAUUCCAAUUCCCAUCAUCUUGGCUGCAUGUGGACAACAUUGAGGGGGAGUGGGGUGCGUUCAAUGAAAUCAUUAAACGUAAGGAUACCAGCAUUCAAACGCAAGUUGCAUCCUUGCAAAUGAAGAUUGUCGCCGAGGAUAAAGCAGUUGAGACAAGAACUACUGACUUCCUCAGUGACUGGGAGAGAGGCAAACCAGUCGAAGGUCAUUUGCGACCGGACGAUGCCCUGCAGCAGCUACAAUUGUUUGAGAGCAAAUUUGCUAGACUCAAAGAGGAAAGAGACAAUGUUGCCAAGGCGAAAGAGGCAUUAGAAUUACAAGAACCGGGCGGAAUAUCUACCAGUGAAGACAGAAUGCAAGUGGUAUUCGAGGAGUUGCAAGAUUUGAGAGGAGUUUGGUCGGAAUUAUCGAGGAUAUGGGCGCAGAUUGACGAAACACGCGAGAAGCCAUGGCUUUCUGUGCAACCGCGAAAAUUGCGUCAGCAAUUAGACACGAUGAUGGCGCAAUUGAAAGAACUCCCAGCGAGAUUGAGGCAAUACUCAUCAUACGAAUACGUGAAGAAGAUGUUACAGAGUUACACAAAGGUGAAUAUGUUGAUUGUGGAAUUAAAGUCGGACGCACUCAAGGAAAGACACUGGAAACAAUUGACAAAGCAACUCAGAGUCAAUUGGGUAUUGAGUGAAUUGACUCUUGGCCAAGUCUGGGACGUAAAUCUUCAAAAGAAUGAAAGUAUAGUUAAAGAUAUUAUCCUCGUGGCUCAAGGAGAAAUGGCACUCGAAGAAUUCCUGAAACAAGUACGCGAGUCCUGGCAAACGUAUGAACUGGACUUGAUAAAUUAUCAAAAUAAAUGCAGGCUGAUACGUGGCUGGGAUGAUUUGUUCAACAAAGUGAAGGAACAUAUCAAUUCGGUGGCCGCUAUGAAAUUAUCGCCAUAUUAUAAAGUAUUCGAGGAAGAAGCUCUGACUUGGGAGGAAAAAUUGAAUAGAAUUAACGCCUUGUUCGAUGUAUGGAUAGAUGUGCAGCGGCGAUGGGUCUAUCUCGAAGGCAUCUUCUCUGGUAGCGCGGAUAUUAAGACAUUAUUACCCGUGGAAACAUCACGCUUCCAGAGUAUUAGUUCCGAAUUUCUAGGGCUGAUGAAAAAAGUAUCGAAAUCCCCCAUGGUCACGGAUGUUCUGAACAUUCCCGGCGUUCAGAGAGCGCUCGAACGUCUGGCCGAUCUUCUCGGUAAGAUACAGAAAGCGCUGGGCGAAUACUUAGAAAGAGAACGUACGUCUUUUCCACGCUUUUAUUUUGUCGGCGACGAAGAUUUGCUUGAGAUUAUCGGUAACAGUAAAAAUAUCGCAAGACUACAGAAACACUUCAAGAAAAUGUUUGCCGGCGUGGCUGCUAUUCUAUUAAAUGAAGAUAAUAUGAUUAUCACUGGUAUCGCUUCGCGUGAGGGUGAAGAAGUAAUAUUCCAGAAUCCCGUGUCGACGAUUGAUCAUCCCAAAAUCAACGAAUGGUUGACGCUCGUCGAGAAGGAGAUGCGCGUAACGCUCGCCUCGAGUCUCGCGAAGGCAGUACAAGAUAUUAAACAAUUCAAAGAUGGAAAUAUAAACCCGCAAGCGUUUAUGUCGUGGUGUGACAAUUAUCAGGCCCAGAUAAUAGUUCUAGCUGCACAAAUUCUGUGGUCGGAAGAUGUGGAAGCGGCGCUACACGAAGCGCAAGCGGAUCCGAGCAAAAAUUCGAUGGAACGGGUUUUAAUACAAGUGGAAAGCACAUUAAAUGUUUUGGCUGAUUCGGUUCUUCAAGAGCAGCCGCCUCUAAGAAGAAAAAAACUAGAGCAUCUAAUCAACGAGUUUGUGCACAAGCGCACUGUUACCAGACGAUUGAUCGCCAACAAAAUCUCGAAUCCAAAGGCCUUCGAAUGGUUGUGCGAAAUGAGAUUUUAUUUUGAUCCGAGACAAACGGAAGUACUUCAGCAGCUUACGAUACACAUGGCAAACGCCAAGUUCUUCUACGGAUUUGAAUACCUGGGUGUACAAGAUAGGUUGGUGCAGACGCCGUUGACCGAUAGAUGUUAUCUGACGAUGACGCAAGCAUUGGAAGCUCGACUCGGCGGAUCGCCAUUUGGACCAGCUGGCACAGGAAAGACCGAAUCCGUGAAAGCGUUGGGUCAUCAACUCGGAAGAUUCGUAUUGGUAUUUAAUUGCGACGAAACAUUUGAUUUCCAGGCUAUGGGUCGUAUAUUUGUCGGUCUUUGUCAAGUGGGCGCAUGGGGUUGUUUCGACGAAUUUAAUCGCUUAGAGGAGCGUAUGUUGUCUGCUGUGUCUCAACAAGUACAAACGAUUCAAGAGGCGCUCAAGAGCCAGAUGGAGGGCAAGAAGGAAGGAACCCUUUGCGUCGAGUUGGUCGGAAAGCAAGUCAAAGUCUCAACGGAUAUGGCUAUAUUCAUCACCAUGAAUCCAGGAUACGCCGGACGUUCCAAUCUACCUGACAAUCUGAAGAAGCUUUUCAGAUCGCUCGCUAUGACCACGCCCGAUCGGCAACUAAUUGCUGAAGUGAUGCUCUUCAGUCAAGGUUUCCGUUCCGCGGAAAAAUUGGCCUGUAAAAUUGUGCCAUUCUUCAAGCUCUGUGAUGAACAACUUUCUAAUCAGUCUCAUUACGAUUUUGGACUGCGUGCACUUAAAUCCGUGCUGAUCUCCGCUGGAAAUGUGAAACGCGAUCGUAUACAAAAGAUCAAAGAAGGCAUGCAGAGUCGUGGUGAUACUAAUAUCGACGAAGCUUCGAUUGCUGAAAAUUUGCCCGAACAAGAAAUACUCAUUCAAUCUGUAUGUGAAACGAUGGUUCCCAAAUUGGUCGCCGAAGACAUCCCGUUGUUGUUCAGUUUGCUAAGUGAUGUGUUCCCUAAUGUAAAUUACACACGCGCGGAAAUGAAGGGAUUGAAGGAUCAAAUCAGAAAAGUAUGCGCCGAGGAAUAUCUAGUGUGCGGCGAAGGAGACGAGCAAGGCGGCGCCUGGCAAGAAAAGGAAUCGGUCGGUGAGACGUGGGUGGAAAAGGUGCUUCAAUUAUAUCAAAUUUGCAACUUGAAUCAUGGACUAAUGAUGGUCGGCCCGAGCGGAUCCGGUAAAACCAUGGCGUGGAAAGUGCUGCUCAAAGCAUUAGAGCGAUUUGAGGGUGUGGAAGGUGUCGCCCACGUGAUUGACCCGAAAGCGAUCAGCAAGGAAACCCUGUACGGCGUGUUAGAUCCGAACACACGCGAAUGGACGGACGGUCUGUUCACGCAUAUAUUAAGGAAGAUAAUCGACAAUGUGAGAGGUGAAAUCAAUAAACGACAAUGGAUCAUAUUCGACGGAGACGUCGAUCCAGAAUGGGUCGAGAAUUUGAAUUCUGUAUUAGACGACAAUAAGCUUCUUACUCUGCCCAACGGUGAACGUCUGAGCUUACCGCCAAAUGUGAGAGUAAUGUUUGAGGUGCAAGAUUUGAAGUAUGCCACUCUGGCCACUGUGUCGCGUUGCGGUAUGGUUUGGUUCUCGGAGGACGUGCUGUCGACGGAAAUGAUAUUCGAGAAUUAUAUGCUACGCUUACGAAAUAUACCACUGGAAGAUGGCGAGGAGGAUAAUCUUGGCAAAAAGAUGACAGAAAAGGAGGACACUAUAUCACCAGCAUUAGCAGUGCAGCGUGAAGUCGCCAGCAUCAUGCAGAGCUACUUCGCACCCGAUGGCUUGGUGGUGAGAUGUCUGGAGUAUGCCAUGAAGCAGGAGCACAUAAUGGACUUUACGCGCUUGCGAGCGCUCAGUUCUUUGUUCUCCAUGCUAAAUCAAGCUGUACGCAAUGUACUACAAUAUAAUCAUUCGCACGCCGACUUUCCUCUGCCGAACGAACAAUUGGAACGUUACAUGCCCAAGUGCUUGGUCUACGCGCUUCUGUGGAGUUUCGCAGGAGACGCCAAAUUGAAAGUUAGAUCCGACUUGGGUGAUUUUAUCAGAUCAAUUACAACUGUACCUUUACCUUCUCAGAAUAACAUACCGAUUAUAGACUUUGAAGUGAACAUACACGGCGAGUGGUUACCUUGGAGCAACAAAGUUCCUCAGAUCGAAGUGGAGACUCACAAAGUUGCCAGUCCGGAUAUCGUGGUACCUACUUUGGACACUGUGAGGCACGAAAGUUUAUUAUACACUUGGUUGGCCGAACACAAACCAUUGGUGCUUUGUGGACCACCUGGAUCCGGUAAAACUAUGACGCUCUUUUCGGCUUUGCGAGCGCUGCCGGAUAUGGAGGUCGUUGGACUUAACUUUUCCUCUGCCACGACACCCGAAUUGUUACUCAAGACGUUCGACCACUAUUGCGAAUAUCGCAAGACGCCCAACGGCGUUGUGUUGUCCCCGGUACAAUUAGGCAAGUGGCUGGUUCUAUUCUGUGACGAGAUCAAUUUACCCGACAUGGAUAAUUAUGGAACGCAGCGCGUAAUCUCCUUCUUGCGACAAUUGGUGGAACACAAGGGCUUUUAUAGAACCAGCGAUCAAGCUUGGGUCACUCUGGAAAGGAUUCAGUUUGUAGGCGCCUGUAAUCCACCUACGGAUCCCGGUAGGAAACCUCUCAGUCACAGAUUUCUGCGACAUGUGCCCGUCAUAUACGUCGAUUAUCCCGGAGAAACUUCCCUGAAACAAAUUUAUGGCACAUUCACGCGCGCUAUGCUUAGAUUAACACCUAAUUUGAGAGGUUACGCGGAAGCCUUGACAAACGCAAUGGUGGAGUUCUAUCUGUCUUCACAGGAGAGAUUCACCCAGGAUAUGCAACCGCACUAUGUAUACUCACCGCGAGAGAUGACGCGUUGGGUACGUGGCAUCUGCGAAGCCAUUAGACCGCUAGAUAAUCUUUCCGUUGAAGGUCUAGUGCGUUUGUGGGCGCACGAGGCUCUUCGUCUGUUCCAAGACAGAUUAGUGGAGGAAUCUGAGAGAGCUUGGACAAACAAAAACAUAGACACCGUAGCUCUGAAGCACUUUAUGUCAGUUGAUAGAGAGAAGGCAUUGACGAGACCAAUCUUGUACAGUAACUGGUUAUCAAAAGAUUACGUGCCGGUAAAUAGAGAAGAAUUGAGAGAUUACGUUCGAGCGAGGUUGAAAAUAUUCUACGAAGAAGAGCUGGAUGUGCCAUUGGUACUUUUUGACGAGGUUCUAGAACAUGUUUUACGAAUUGACAGAAUUUUCCGACAGCCUCAGGGACACUUGUUACUCAUCGGUGUUUCUGGCGCUGGAAAGACAACUCUGUCGAGAUUCGUUGCAUGGAUGAAUGGCUUGUCUAUCUUCCAAAUUAAGGUGCAUAACAAAUAUACGGGUGAAGAUUUCGACGAAGAUUUGCGGCAAGUAUUAAGACGAUCCGGUUGUAAGGACGAAAAAAUAGCUUUUAUUCUCGAUGAGUCCAACGUGUUGGAUUCUGGUUUUCUCGAGCGGAUGAAUACAUUACUCGCCAACGGAGAAGUACCUGGAUUGUUCGAAGGUGACGAAUAUACGACGCUCAUGACACAGUGCAAGGAAGGCGCUCAACGUGAAGGUUUGAUGCUGGACUCCAACGAGGAAUUGUACAAAUGGUUUACUGGCCAGGUUAUGAAAAAUUUGCACGUCGUGUUCACGAUGAAUCCAAGCACGGACGGUCUAAAAGAUCGUGCGGCAACAUCACCCGCAUUAUUCAACAGAUGCGUGCUGAAUUGGUUUGGCGAUUGGUCGGACAACGCAUUGUUCCAAGUCGGCAAGGAGUUUACUAAUCGCGUCGACCUGGAAAGACCCAUGUGGAAGUGUCCAGAUUUCUUCCCGUCCGCAUGCUCUUUAAUCCCAUCGCAACCAUCGCACAGGGACGCCGUUAUAAACGCAUGCGUUUACGUUCAUCAGACUCUGCACAAAGCAAACGCGCGGCUAGCCAAAAGAGGCGCACGAACCAUGGCGAUCACACCGCGUCACUACUUAGAUUUUAUUAAUCAUUUCGUCAAACUGUAUCAAGAGAAGAGGAGUGAUUUGGAGGAACAACAAUUGCACUUGAAUGUUGGUUUGAGCAAAAUUGCUGAGACAGUGGAACAAGUGGAGGAGAUGCAGAAGAGUUUAGCUGUCAAAUCUUUGGAACUGCAUGCCAAAAAUGAAGCUGCGAAUGCAAAGUUAAGGCAAAUGGUGAAGGAUCAGCAGGAAGCAGAAAAGAAGAAAGUACAGAGUCAAGAGAUCCAGCAGCAAUUGGCUAUUCAAACGGUGGCUAUCAAUCAGAAGAGAGAUGAUGUCAUGGCGGAUCUUGCCUUAGUCGAACCGGCCGUCAUCGAUGCUCAAAAUGCGGUGAAAUCGAUAAAGAAACAGCAUUUAGUCGAGGUUCGAUCCAUGGCGAAUCCGCCGGCGAUCGUGAAGGUCGCGUUGGAGUCUAUCUGCUUGUUGCUCGGCGAGAAUGCCAGCGACUGGAAAUCUAUCCGCGCGGUCAUCAUGAGGGACAAUUUUAUCAAUACCAUUGUCUCUAAUUUCAGUACCGAGGAUAUUACCGACGAAGUAAGAGAAAAAAUGAAGAGCCGCUAUCUGAGCAAUCCUGACUACAACUUUGAAAAAGUGAAUCGCGCUAGUUUGGCUUGCGGUCCUAUGGUGAAGUGGGCCAUAGCGCAGAUUGAAUACGCUGACAUGUUGAAGCGAGUUGAACCGUUACGCGACGAGCUUUAUUCUCUGGAGCGACAGGCAGAAACUAACAAACUAAAAGGUGAAGAGGUAAAGAAUUUAAUCACUCAAUUGGAGCGAAGUAUAGCAUCAUACAAGGAGGAGUAUGCCCAGCUUAUCUCGCAAGCGCAAGCCAUCAAAGCCGAUCUAGAGAGCGUACAGGCCAAGGUGAAUAGAUCGAUUGCUUUGUUAAAAUCCCUGGUUAUAGAGAGAGAAAGAUGGGAAGCGACGAGCGAAACAUUCAAGAGUCAGAUGUCCACGAUAAUUGGAGACGUUCUAUUGUCCUCCGCCUUUUUAGCUUAUGCUGGUUAUUUCGAUCAACACUAUCGUCAAAACCUAUUCACGACGUGGUGUCAACAUCUACAUCACGCGAAUUUGCAAUUUAGGCCCGAUAUCGCUAGAACGGAAUACUUAUCCAAUCCGGAUGAACGUUUGAGGUGGCAAGCGAACGCGUUGCCAACCGAUGAUCUGUGCACCGAGAACGCGAUUAUGUUGAAGCGCUUCAACAGAUAUCCGUUAAUCAUUGAUCCAUCCGGUCAAGCAACGGAAUUCAUUAUGAACGAGUUUAAAGACCGAAAGAUCACGAAGACCAGCUUUUUGGACGAUUCGUUUAGGAAAAAUCUUGAGAGCGCUUUGCGUUUCGGUAAUCCACUGUUGGUCCAAGACGUGGAGAAUUAUGAUCCUAUAUUGAAUCCCGUGUUGAAUCGGGAAUUGAGACGAACGGGCGGACGCGUGCUGAUUACACUCGGUGAUCAGGACAUAGAUCUUUCGCCGUCCUUUGUUAUCUUUUUGUCGACGAGGGAUCCGACGGUGGAAUUUCCGCCGGACAUCUGCUCGCGUGUAACAUUUGUCAAUUUCACCGUUACGAGAAGUUCUCUGCAAAGCCAAUGUUUGAAUCAAGUGCUAAAGGCCGAACGUCCGGACAUCGAUGAAAAGAGAUCCGAUCUGUUAAAGCUACAGGGAGAAUUCCAUCUGCGAUUACGGCAACUUGAAAAGUCUCUGUUACAAGCAUUGAACGACGCCAAGGGUAAGAUUCUGGACGACGAUUCCGUGAUUACGACUCUCGAAACUUUAAAACAAGAGGCUGCCGAUAUUAGUAAAAAGGUGGAAGAGACGGACAAGGUCAUAGCAGAGAUCGAAACAGUCUCUCAACAAUACCUGCCUUUGUCUCAGGCGUGUUCGAACAUGUACUUCACGAUGGACAGUCUGAAUCAAGUACAUUUCCUAUAUCAAUACUCGCUGAAGAUGUUUCUGGAUAUCUUUACGUUUGUGCUGUCACAAAAUCCGAAAUUGUCUGGUAUUGCGGAUUACAGUCAACGACUUACACUCAUCACGCGCGAUCUCUUUGCCGUAUGUUACGAAAGAGUCGCGCGCGGAAUGCUACACACAGAUAGAUUGACGUUUGCCCUGUUGCUCUGUCGUAUUCAUCUAAAGGGUAUACCCACGGAAUCCACAUAUGACAGUGAGUUCACUUUCUUCUUGCGAGGUAAGGAGGGCGUACUCAACAUUCGAGCACCACCAGUGUCAAAUCUAAGCUCGGAACAGCAGGAAGCGAUGAUGCGCCUGAGCAUAAGAUUACCUGCCUUUAAGAGAUUGGCAGACAAGAUUCAAGAGAACGCGGAUUCAUUUAGCGCGUGGUUACAGUCGCCCACUCCUGAAACAUGCGUACCAAAGCUCUGGGACGAGGAGAAACCGCUGUCACCUACUGGAACAACGAUGCAUCAAUUGCUAAUAAUACAAGCCUUCCGACCGGAUCGCGUAAUCGCGGCCGCGUCUCUCGUUGUAGCCUCCGCUUUCGGCGAAUCCUUCAUGCCGGCCGCGGAGGCUGAGCUUGACUUCGCGUCCGUCGUCGAGAAUCAACUUAAGGCGAAUGUGCCGACUCUAUUAUGCUCGGUGCCGGGCUUUGAUGCUUCGGGCCGAGUAGACGAUCUGGCUGCAGAACUGGGCAAACAAAUAGCUAGUAUCGCUAUUGGAUCGGCGGAGGGAUUCAAUCAGGCUGAUCGCGCCAUAAAUAUGGCUGUAAAAGCCGGUAGAUGGGUGUUACUGAAGAACGUACAUCUUGCUCCGCAAUGGUUAGUACAGCUGGAAAAGAAACUACACAGUCUGCAGCCGCACGCUAGCUUCCGCUUAUUCCUAACAAUGGAGAUUAAUCCGAAGGUACCGGUAAAUCUACUGAGAGCCGGUAGGAUCUUUGUGUUUGAACCACCUCCUGGCAUACGAGCAAAUCUGUUACGCACAUUCAGCACCGUGCCCGCCUCGAGGAUGAUGCGAGCGCCUAAUGAACGGGCCCGUCUCUACUUCCUGCUUGCAUGGUUCCACGCGAUUGUGCAAGAACGGUUGCGUUACGCGCCACUGGGCUGGGCUAAACACUAUGAGUUCAAUGAGAGUGAUUUGAGAGUCGCCUGCGAUACUCUGGACACAUGGAUUGAGGCCACAGCUAUGGGCAGAACGAAUUUACCGCCUGAGAAGGUUCCUUGGGACGCUCUAGUGACUCUUCUUUCUCAAUGCAUUUACGGUGGCAAGAUCGACAACGAUUUCGAUCAACGUCUUCUGGCUUCCUUCCUGCGUAAGCUCUUUACACCACGCUCGUUCGAAGCUGAUUUUGCUCUAGUCGCCAAUAUUGACGGAGCGCAAGGUAAUCAAAGACACAUUACGAUGCCAGACGGUACUAGACGCGACCACUUUUUAAAAUGGAUCGAAUCUCUCUCGGAUAGACAGACACCUUCCUGGCUAGGUCUUCCGAAUAAUGCGGAAAAAGUACUUUUGACCACAAGAGGAACUGAUUUAGUCUCGAAGCUGCUCAAGAUGCAACAAUUAGAGGACGAAGAUGAGCUGGCAUACUCGAACGAGGAGUCUUUAGUUACGCCAAGGGAAGCCGAAGCGGAUGGUCGGCCAUCUUGGAUGAGAACUUUACACAAUUCAGCCUCCACCUGGUUACAAUUGCUACCAAAGAAUUUGCCGAUCUUAAAGAGAACGGUCGAGAAUAUCAAAGAUCCGUUGUACAGAUACUUUGAGAGGGAAGUUAACAGCGGGGCGAAAUUACUUCAAGAUGUUAUCCACGAUUUGGAGGAUGUCGUAUUAAUUUGUCAAGGUGAGAAGAAACAAACUAAUUAUCACAGAACGAUGUUAUCCGAAUUGGUAAAGGGUAUUUUGCCAGGAGGUUGGAGGAGAUAUACCGUGCCAAGAGGCUGUACUGUCAUACAGUGGAUCACCGAUUUCAGUCACAGAGUCUCACAGUUGCAAGAAGUCUCGCGUUUAGUCUCUCAAGGAGGAGCAAAAGAGAUAAAGAGUUUCCCGGUCUGGCUUGGAGGCUUAUUAAAUCCCGAAGCUUACAUUACUGCGACUAGACAGUGCAUCGCGCAGGCCAACAGUUGGUCGCUCGAGGAAUUGCAAUUAAACGUAACUAUCGGCGAUGGCGAUAACAUUGCUACGGAUGAUUGUUCGUUCGCCGUUACUGGUUUGAAGCUGCAGGGCGCCCAAUGUAAGGAUAAUCAAUUGUAUUUAACCUCGACCAUUAUGACUGAUUUACCGGUCACGAUGUUGAGGUGGAUACGAUCGUCCACGGAGGAUAUCCGAAGGGGCAAAUUGUCCUUACCAGUUUACUUGAACAGUACUCGUACUGAGCUGCUGUUUACUGUCGAUUUGAAUAUCGCUCCUAGUCAAGAACCGCACAGUUUUUACGAGAGAGGAGUCGCUGUCUUGACAUCCACUGCUUUGAAUUAAUAUUAACUAUUCGAUCAUUAAUGAAAUCGUUUAGUGUGAAUUGUACCGCUUAUAAUCACAAGUAACUAUUAUGAUAACAAUAAUUUCAGACAUGUGGCCGCAUGUUACAAGAUAUGUUUGUAAAGAAAAGAUACAGUAACAUGUUACACAAGUUUAAAAAUUACAAAGUUACAAAAGUUUAAAAAUAAGUAUCAAAAGAAAUCUAUAUUUUGAAUUGUUUUUCGAGUUUCUAAAGGAUUUUUGUGCUAAAUGUUUAAUUAGAAACAAAUCACGUUCGGCACGUAUAAUUAAAUGUGUAUCAUUUGUUUAUUAGAAUUGACAUCUUAGUAAGAAGGGAAGAUUGUAAUAUAUCUAUAUAGUUUAUUUAAUUUUAUACGUUCAAAUUCCCUUUUCCUCUCAAAUAUGUUUUCUGUAAAAAAAAAAGUAAAGUUAUAUUACGUUUUCGCCCAGAUGUAAGUAUAUAUCAAGAUAUUAUAGUGUUUAUAACACAGAAUCUUAACUGACAUCUAAUAAAGUCAUACGAUAACAGUA